CCAAGUGUUUCAAACCCUAAUCAAAUAACACAUUCAAACAUUGUCCUGUAACUUAAAAUUGUUGUAUUUGUAAGCAAAACCUUGAUUCGCUUUUACUCUGAAAUGAAAGCGGUACUGCGUGUGACGUGUAACCGGAACUUGGUCCAGGUCUUUGUAAACAGCCGUUGAAUAUGAGACUAGUGAAGACGCUGCGUUUUGAAGCGGUUUUAGCGUGAGCUGCUCGACUGAUGUCGGUGUGUUUGAGCUGUCGGUAUUUGGAUGCGCUGUAGGCUGAGCUGGCGGUUGGGCUGGGAUGGACGCGGAUCUGCUCCUCGCCAUCGAGCUCCAGCAGCAGUUCGACAGCGAGCUCGCGGCGUCUCUUCCCUCCGCACAGGCGUCGGACGCCAGGAAGCGCCACGGGACCGCGAGCGAUGUUGUGCCCUACUGGAAGCCCGAGAGGCCGCUGUCCAUCGUGGACGAGUCGUGGGAGACGCUGGACCCGAGUCCGGACGUCAGGUCCAUGUUCCUGGAGUUCAACGACACGUUUUUCUGGGGCAAACUGUCCGGGGUGGAGGUGAAGUGGAGCGCGAGGAUGACGCUGUGCGCGGGCGUCUGCUCCUACGAGGGCCGCGGCGGCCUGUGUUCCAUCCGGCUCAGCGAACCUCUGCUCAAGCUGCGACCUAGAAAAGACCUGGUGGAGACGCUGCUCCACGAGAUGAUCCACGCGCUGCUCUUCGUGACCCAGAACAACCGGGACCGCGACGGACACGGGCCCGAGUUCUGCAAGCACAUGAAGCGGAUCAACGCAGCCAGCGGGACCAACAUCAGCGUCUACCAUGACUUCCACGACGAGGUGGACGUGUACCGGCAGCACUGGUGGCGCUGCGACGGCCCCUGUCAGACCCGGAAGCCCUACUUUGGCUACGUGAAGCGGGCGAUGAACAGGGCUCCGUCCCGUCUGGACCCGUGGUGGGGAGACCACCAGAGGACGUGCGGGGGGACCUACACCAAAGUGAAGGAGCCGGAAGGUUACGGCAAGAAGGGCAAGAAGGGCGGCAGGAAGGAGGAGAAGAUGGCUGGAAGUCAGAAACCUUCCAGCUCCUCCGCUGCAGGCUCUGGAUCUCAGGACAUCCGGAAGAUCAUCCCCUUCAGCGGUAAAGGCUUCCUGCUGGGGGGAGAGUCGUCCUCGUCUCAGGUGCCUGUCACAGGAAGCCCCGCCUUGCCGCUCCCUCCAUCCCCGCCGAAGCCUUCCGCCUCCCUCAAGCCUCUGAGCUCCACAGGGCUGGAGGCGCCCAAGAAGCGCUCAGUGGGAAACACCCGGGCCUUUGUCAACAUCGAUGGCUCGCCGGUGCGGAUCCAGCGGUCCAGCGACGGCAGCAGCGGCCGGCAGGCGGCGGACCACACCAGACACAAGUCCCUGGAAGACCUCUUCAGCAGGAAACCCGCAGCUUCACCAGCUCUGCCCAAGACCUCCAUCCGGCCACCUCCUCUCAGCGGGUCCAGCCGCGACAGCACUGCAGCCGCUGGAGGCCCCCCGCCCAGGAAGAGGCCGCGUGACGCCACCGACCCGGCCGGAAUCUUCCUUUUCUUCCAGAAGAGGUUGAGCAGUCAGGCUGCUGCGUCGGCUGCUCAGGGGACCUCUGGGACCUCUGGGACCUCCACCCCUCCACCGCCAGCGCCUCAACACACCGAGCCUGCUGCCUUCCCUCGGGUGACGGUCCCGUGUCCCGUGUGUCAGCAGAUGAUUCUGGAGUCCAGCAUCAACCAGCAUCUGGACUCCUGUCUGUCCCAACAGUGCUUUUAAAGCCGCACUACUACCUCGGUGAUGUCAUCACUGCCUGGCCUCCGAGCCUGUGACCAGCCAGUGCCUCCCUGCUGACCUCAUGGACCUGCACCUGGUGCUGCUGUCAGACCUCGGCCCGACUUCUGUAAAAUGUUCCCUUUCUGGGCCUCAUUUGUCUGUUGCUCACGUUUGGAAAUGAUCCCGGGUCGUGCGGCAACAAGUCCACGUAGCGUCCGUUCAAGCCACGCCCACUUUUCUAAACAUAAUGGCUUUUAAAUACCGCUGCGACAUCAUGUCCGUCCCUGAGCAUUUCUAGCCACCAGGGGGCGACCAGGUGUUGCACUCCAUCUCAAAGGUCGAGUUCCAGGGCGCGACCUCUGACCAGUGCCGACUCCCGGGGUCACAUUCCUUGUUAUUUAUUCUCCCCUGUUCGACUUUGUUUUUAAAUGUUUUAUGGGACGAAUACAAACCAUCCUCAGGAGUCUGCGUGGGACUCCUCCCUCAGGGACUCGACGUCACAAGGAUGCGGUUUUAUGUGCUGAAGAAACUUUUAAGAAUAAUAAUAAAUACACUUUCAUCCCUUCCUGCGCCGACAGUCUGGU